AUGGAAAGAUGUCAAGCUAAAGUAAGCCCUCCAUGGUUAAGGAGUCACAGCAUCAAAUGCAGACAUCUCGGAUCACGCAUAUACAAGUUCGAGUUGAUUGUAACGGAUGCGCGCAGAAGAUCAAGAAAGCGCUCAAUGACAUCAAUGGUAGGUAUACAUGAUCUUCGUAUCGACUUGGAUCGACAAAGGCUAACAAUUAUUGGAUGGGCAGAUCCAGAAAAAAUUGUCAAAGCAAUUAAGAACAAAGCAAGGAAGAAUGCCACCAUUAUUUGUUCUGAUAUUGAAAAAUCUUCAUCUAAAGCAACAAAACCAGAACCGAAAGAAAAUGUACCAGCCCCAGAUGCAACAGCAAAGCCAGUUCCAAAGGAAGCACCGCAAGCUCGCAGAACCUCCUUUCCUGAACCAAUGCUUGAAGCAACACCGUCAUCGCCAACAUCUACAUGGCACAAUGCUAGACAACAGUGGCAGAACAAUCCAGAAACUGAAGAUGUAGAACAGGUUCAUAUGACACAACAUCAUCAACCUACAUGGCUGAACUAUGUCAACAAGUUCAGUUCUGGCAACAACUAUGUUGAACAGAGGGGCAGACCAUACCAUAAUGGCCCUGAUUUUCUUCAAGAGUCAUCCCGAUUCCAUCCAUUGAAUGUCACACAUAGUUAUAAUACAUACAUGCCAUCUUCUUAUGUUACUGAAUAUGAAUGUGUGAGAUCAUCAUCAUGGCACACACAAUACAACUAUAUGGAACACUACAGUGGAGAUUACAAUAACAACAAUGUAGACAUAGCUGCCAUGUUCAGCGAUGACAAUCCAAAUGCAUGUACAAUAGUCUAG